AUGGGGGGUGAAGAUUAUAGGGUGUGGAUGCCGGACAACAAGGGACAGUUCACUGUGAGUUCGGCCAAAGAACUUAUACGCAAGAGGCAACCUAUCCUUGCUGGUGUUAAUAUGUUAUGGCGACCUGCUAUCCAUCCCUCACUUGCUGCAAGGAAUUGGAAACUACUCUGUGGUGCUUGUGCAACUCUUGACAAGGUACGAAGUAUAUUUAAAUACCAAGUAGUUAAUAAAUGUUGCUUAUGUAAUAGAGAAGAAGAGAGCUUAGACCAUAUUCUUUGGUCUUGUGAUUUUUCAGCCAAGGCGUGGAUGUGGAUUGCAUAUAUUUUUGGUAUUUUCCCUCAUCAAAACCUCAUUACAGCUUAUAAAGAAGCAAAAGGUAAAAGCCGAAUGUUCAAAGAUUUGUGGUUGUUGUCUAUUUUGGUUGUUCGAUCAGAAUUGUGGAUGACUAGGAAUGGUUUUAUGUAUGGUAAUCAAAAGGUUAAUUGGAACUUCUUUCGUAAGAAGGUUUUCAAUCAAAUCCAUGAUUAUUCAAGGCGUUUGAAGGGGUUCAUGUUUAACAACCAAGAUGAUUUGCGUGUACUUACUUAUUUUAGAGUGCAGCAUAGAAAAGUGAAGACUUCUGAUCCUAAGGAGUGCUAUUGGGUUCCACCGGAGGUUAAUGAAUUGCAAUUAUGUUGUGAUGGUGCUUCUAGAGGGAACCCGAGAAGAGCUGGUGCAAGUGUGGUGGUUCGUGAUUCUGAUGCUAAUCUUUUAGGAGCUAUGAGUGUUGGUUUUGGGGUCCGUACUAAUUAUUUGGCGUACCUCUUUUGUGUUAUAUUUUCCUUGGAAUGGGCUACUAAAUUUGGGGUUGGAGAUAUUUGUGUUCGUACAGAUGCAAUGGGAGCGGUGUAG